CAGCGUUUCUGAACUGACACCCGACCCAAAACAAGAAUAAUAAUGGCCACUGUUGGCGUAGUAGAAACUGUAUAGUUUUAGAAAUGUUUCCCGUAUAUAUGAGCUUCAGAAAAUUCUUUGUUCAAAAGAGAUGCAGAUCGACGUGGCUUUCUCUGAAGCAUCUGUAUCAGACAGCUAUCAUACCAAGGAUUUCGCAACAAUCCUUUUCGACAGCUAAACAGUCAGGCCCAGAUCAAAACAGCGGUGUUGUGGAGAAAUUUACUUUAAGUUAUUGUCAUGGAGGGUCUCCUUCUUCUUUAAUUGGAGAAACAAUACCACAAAGAAUGAAAAAAGUUGCUGAGAAAUAUCCAGACAAAGAAUUUGCAGUAUUUCUUGAGGACGGGAAGAGAUUAACGUUCUCCCAGUUUUAUGAAUAUGCAUGUGCUGUUGGGAAGGGUCUCAUGGCACUGGGACUCAGGAAAGGGGACCGAGUUGGGAUAUGGGGACCCAACUGCUUAGAAUGGAUCUUGAUACAAUAUGCUACAGCAAUGACUGGGAUGAUAAUGGUGAACAUCAAUCCGUCGUAUAAGUCAAAUGAGCUUGAGUAUGCACUAGAGAAAACUGGAUGCCGCGGCUUGGUAAUGACUCCUGGCUUCAAAACUACGAAUUAUUAUGAAGUUCUAUCAUCGUUAGUUCCUGAAAUGAGGACGACAAGUAAUGAUGGAAAAAUUACAUCUUCAAGGUUUCCAAAUUUAAAACACGUAAUCCUCACUGAAGGCGAGACUCAAAGAGGGACAAUUUCCUUUGAAGAACUUGCAUAUAGUGGAGGAAAAGAAGAGCAUGAGGCACUAGAAUGUUUACAAACAUCGCUUUGCUUCGAUGAGCCAAUUAACAUCCAGUUCACAUCUGGGACAACUGGGAGGCCUAAAGGAGCAACUUUAACGCACCAUAAUAUUAUGAACAACGCCUACUUUUUGUCUAGAACUCUGAAGUAUUUUCAGCCAGAUACAAAAAUCUGCAUACCUGUUCCGCUGUAUCAUUGUUUUGGGAUGGUGUUAGGGAGUCUAGCUGCAAUGAUAUGUGGGGCUACUGCUGUAUUUCCAUCAAGAUCAUUUAAUGCGGACCUAGCCUUGCAAGCCAUAGACACCGAGAAAUGCACGUCAGUUUAUGGAACGCCAACAAUGUUUAUAGAUAUGCUAAAUUCAUCCCGUUUUAGCGAAUUUGAUUUAGCUUCGUUAAGAACAGGUGUUAUGGCUGGUUCACAGUGUCCAGAAGAAAUUAUGAAGCAGGUGAUAAACAAUAUGAAUUGCCGGGAAAUUUCUAUAGUCUAUGGACAAACUGAAGCCAGUCCAAUAACUAACAUUACACACCACAGUGAUCCUUUCGAUAAAAGAGUAACAACAGUUGGAAAGCCUUUUCCUUUUGUUGAGGUGAAAGUCGUGGACAAAGAAAGGAAGGUUGUCCCUGUUUACACCAAAGGUGAAAUUGCUUUCAGGGGUCAUGGAAUUAUGUUGGGGUACUGGGAAGAGGAAGAGAAAACUAGGGAAUCAUUAGACGAUUUUGGUUGGCUAUACUCUGGUGAUCUAGGGAUUAUGGACGACCAAGGCUACUUCCACAUCAUUGGAAGAACGAAGGAUAUGAUCAUAAGAGGCGGAGAAAAUAUAUAUCCGAAAGAGAUCGAAGAAUUUUUGCAUGGGCAUCCUAAAAUUAGAGAUGUGCAAGUGAUUGGUGUCCCCGAUAAAAGACUUGGCGAGGACGUAUGUGCAUGGAUUAGACUGCGUGAAGGUACUAAGAUGACUCCAGAGGAAGUUAGAGAUUUUUGCAGGGAAAACAUGGCCUACUUCAAAAUCCCAAAGUACAUCAAGUUUGUUGAUGAAUAUCCUCUAACUGUGACAGGAAAAGUGAAGAAAUAUGAAAUGAGAGAAAUUAUGUCCAAAGAAUUAUCAAUAACCCUAUGACCAGGAAAUCCUCUUUUUAUUUUCCAAUAUACAUAACUUUAUACAGUAAAUAAAGCGUAAAAGAACUGUGAAACAGAGUUUUUGUAUUGUCUCCAUUUUUUGUUAAAAAUCUUAAAAGAAUAGUAAACGUAUUUUAGACUAUUCAUGGCAAAUGUUGCGAUUGAAUUUGUACCAGAACUGUCUAUCUGAAACUUGUUCUCUAUACUUGCGGUUAUAGAGUAAUAGAUUCGCUUGGCUGGGGAAAAUAAGACAAAAGGUAAAUCAGAUCGUAGGAUAAUAGACCCAGCGAUUAUAUCGUUGCUGAUAGACGAUUGGCUUUGCUCAAAGCUCGGGCGUGACUGACCUCCUGACCUAUCAUUGUGACAAAACAAGCUCUUUUUGCAGGAACCCUGGAAAACGGGGGCAUUUCCCCUUGCGCUCACGAAAUUUUGCCCUCAUUGAAAUGUUGGGAGAAACGUUGAAUCGUUUG